ACGUGCACCAUCGGCGUCCACGUGGUGAAAAACGAAAAAGCGAGCGAGAGACCGGCAUCGUAUCGCACGUUUUAUAUCGUUUGUAUCCGCGAGGGGCAGAGAAAAACGUGGUCGACGUAAUAAUUUUUGUUUUAGCAAUAACGCGGUUAGACUUGGGGUUUUUCAUUAUUUUUUACGAGGAGGAAGUUUUGACGAGGACGUUUUUGGAACACACGGUGUUUUAAAAACAACGAUUGAAUUUUAAUUGUUUUAAUUUUCGGGACCGCGUGGUUGACUUGGCAACAGCUGUUAGGGGAUUUUUAUGUUUGUUGUUUUGUUGGAUUUGAUGAUGGAGUAUAUUGGUAAUUUUGGUUCGAAUAAAAGUGGAUCGUUCACGCUAUGGCCCCGUCUCCAGUUCGUCAGUUAUUAGUGUGGAGCUUGCCUUCCGUUGCCGUUCUGCUCAGCUAUUUGUGGUACAAAAAGAGGAGAAUUGGAGCUCGAAGUGACACAGGAGGCAUCAAAUCCAUAGAUGAGGCAUAUGAGCGACAGCAAACUUGCUUAGCAGACAAAGACUUGAAAAGUGAAGCUGUUGAUAUUGUGACAUCUAAGAAAUCAGACAGGGUUAGACCGAAUAGUAUUCCAUCCAAGACGGUGACCCCUGCUAAAUCAUUGAAGCGAUCUUUGAGCGGAGUAGAAACUGCUCCAAUUGAUAUAAUCUACCCGAGAGAACUUAAACUUUCUAGAUCAAGUUCGAUUAUCAUUACGGACGAAGCUUUGGAAUUGGAAAUUAAAAAGUGUAAAUCUACAAAAGAGUAUUACAACUCUCCUAGCGCCAUUUCCGCCCACUUAUCGAAAACACCCUCGCCUGUAAAUUCUGACGGGUACGCACCCACCAGCCCCGAGUCUCCGCAGCGAGAUCAGAACAGCGGUAACACUAGCCCCUUGAUCAGUCCUUUCAAAAAGGAAAAGUUCGAACACCAGGUUGUGAGCAGUACCAGUAAAAGCGACACGCCAAAGGAUAAGGGCAGUGGCAAGAAGAAUAAGGCGAAGAAUAAAAAUAAAGGCAGUCCAGAGAAAGGCAAAGAGAGCAGCGCUAAGAAGAUGGCACAGAAGGAUAUCGCGACCGUUGAGGAGAAAAUGUCUGCGAUGAAGAUAUCAAACAAAACCGAGUCUGCUCAAAAGGUAUCAGCACCCGUCAAACCAGAGAACCCAAAAACUGAGACCAAAGAAGAUGACCCCAAAAGCCGCCGCGAAAUUCACAGGAAAAAUUCGGGACGCGAUUCGGCCAAUCACAGUCCUUCAGAUGUUAUGUUAGCCAGUCCCAGCUUGAGCAGCAUGUCCGACAAUCAUAGUGAGGGUUCAAGUGAUAGUGGUAAAGGAGGCAGUGACGUGGCGACGCCCCCUCCCUCAAGAACGCCUCAACUUGAGAACGCCCAGACUAGCUACGAAUUCGUGAUUCCCCAAAAUCUCGUGGGAAAGUUGAUCGGCAGACAAGGAUUUUUUGUACAGAGCAUCAAAGAGAGGUGCAACGCUCAAGUUUACAUUAGGAGACACCCUAGCAAUAAUAGAUUGAAGUUAUGUAGUAUAGAAGGAACCCAAGCAGAAAUAGACAAGGCCCUAAAAAUGAUCAGAGAAAAGUUCCCAUUGAAAAAAUACUCUGAUAUUACCCUGGAGCAGGUUCAUCUUACACCACUUGUGCAUACAGUUCCUCUUAUUCCAGAUAGCUUAUAUUUAAAAUUAGUAGACGGCAUAAAUAACGACACAAUCCUAAGCUGUAUGGUGGCCCCGGAUCAUCUGUUUAUGCAGCAACCGACGCACCCGUCUUUCCCAAGUUUGAGUUUGUUGAAAAAUUGUAUGAAUCAAUGUUAUGCCGAUACUAAUUCACCUCUGUUACCCUCACCUAUUCCAGAAAACACAGUGUGUGUCGCUUACUCAAUAGACUCCUGGUACAGGGCGAUUGUAUUAUCCACAGAUGAAGAAACUGAGACCUCCUACGUAAAAUUUUUAGACUACGGGGGUUAUGCUUAUGUCGAAAAUGAUAAAUUACGACAGAUAAGGCAAGAUUUCAUUAUGUUGCCAUUCCAAGCAGCCGAGUGCUUUUUAGCUAAUGUGAAAUCUAAAAAUGAGGAUGGUAGUUGGCCCGAGGGCGCAUACAACCUAAUAGCAGAAUUAACCAAAGGUUCCAUUAUCUAUACGCAGGUAGCAGACUAUACCCCAGAUGGAGUACCUGUAGUCUUAUGUUUUAUCAUAACAAGUCCUACCGACUACAUAUUCCUAAACCAAAAACUAGUAGACGAAGGUUACGCAGAUUGGGUACCUUUCGAGGACACACCGACAACGUCCACGCAAACACAACAAUCGGAAGAACCCGCGUCGACAAUGGUCGCGUAAUCCACUUUUCGUAAAAGUUUUGAUUUUUUUUCCUUUUUUUGUUAUUUAUUGCGCUUUUUGUGUAAUCAUAGUAUCGUGAUUUAAGACCUUAAGGUCUAAUUUAGGAGGUUCUAAGGUCGUGUUUGAAGUAAAGGAGCGAAAUUCACUAUUAGGGGCUGUAGAGAUAUACUUAGGAAAGCAUAUUUUAAGCAGUAUUUCUACUGUUUUUUAUCGAUAAUUAGCGUUGAGUCAUUUUUAUAUUUUAAUAAUCUCUAGGUUUUAGUUUAACGACUGAUGAUUAUGCAUAUUUAUAUUAUUAGUUUGGUACACAGACUGUCCUAAAGUUCGAGAUAUACAUAAAUCAUAUGUAAUAGUUCUAACUUUGGGAUGCUCUGUAAAUUGCGUUUAAACCGGUUUUUAACGGUUUUAGCUAGUAAUUGUUUUAUUAUAAUAUAACCUGCAAUGCUUAACGGUUUAAGCGAAAGGAAAACUUUCUCAUAUCCAAUAAUUGGCAUUUAUUUAAAUUUAACAUUCAGGUACAUAAUAUCCUAAGGGGAUCUAUUCAAAGUAUCCAUUCCUUCCGACCUAAUAACCGUAAUAACUGACCCGAAAUAAUGACCCACUAAAAACUUAAUACAACCUACUCCUUACUAAUAUUCUAAUAACCCCAGUUCCGUCUUUUGGUGAAUUUUCUCGGGACCCCUUUUGUACAUAUUUGUGUUAGUUUCAACUUGAAAUGAUCAUAAGGGUAUGAUCAUUUUAGUAGUGACAUUUAUUAAAACUUUUUGGCUAAAACGUAAAUAAGACAAGUUUAGGUUUAAAUGGGAAAAUCUGUCGUUGGAGGCAAAACACUCAAGAGUAACAUUUAAAGGGUACAAUGGGCUGAAAUAAUAAAAAUUAGAAUAAUCUAUAAAAGUUCUUUGAUAUCUUUAAGGGAUUGCUUCUAAAUAAAGCCAAAUAAAAUUUAUUGAACUAUGUAUUUUUUUUUAGAGUAAUCUGCUUUUAAAUCACUCAUAUCUUGAAAUAAAUCCCUUUCAUUCCAUUUCAGGCCCCUUUAAAUAAAACGUUUUUCUAGUAUGUUCAGGGUAUUUCGUUCAAAAUUCUGUCUAUAGACCCGCGCUCAUUUGCCAAUUAAACCGACAAGAAUUUUUUGUAGUUUAGGAUUUGGUUUGGUGAACAACGUGUGUACACACAAACUCAUUGCCUGAUAUGAGAAUGAUUUUUUUUAAUUUUAUUUCCUUUGAUAUGGCUUUGUGAAUUAAUGUUUUAAGUUAUUUUUAUUAUGUAAAUAGUCGGAGAUAUAUUUUUUGCGGCAAGCAGCAUCUUUUUUUUUGUUUCGUAGGAUAAAAAUUGUUUUUUUUUCUAUAUCGAUUUUUGUACAUAUUAAUUUCAGGGAGGGUACGGUUGUACACGUUUCGAUGGAUUGACACAGAAUGGUAUGAAGAUAAAAUAGAAAUUAAAAUUUAUAAAUUCACGUACGUUUUAACUAUUAUGGUUAUAUGCUCUUCCUCAGGUCGAAUUGGAGACUGAUUUUUGCCCUAAUCAUUUGAACUUAAACCGUUCUGUGUUUUUUAAUAAACAUACAAUUUUACGUUUCCUUGGGUUAGUUUCUGUUAGUAUUUGCGUUAAAUUGAUUUACAUAUUAUGUUAUCGUAGAUGUUUUGUAUAUAUUAAGAAUUUCAUGUAAUAUAUUCUUUUGGAUUUUGUCUUUAAUGAUAUAUUAAUAAAAAUGUAUUUUUAAAAAGCAAGAA